GUUACAGCUCAGUGGAUGUGUUGUGGACGUCUCCAGCAGUUCUGUGAAGCAUGGAGUACGCCAAAACCUUGGUUCCCACAUCUCUAAUGAGGUCUGUGUCGUCGGUGCAGACGUCUCUUGCCCAGCGAAUGCUGCCCCCUCCUCAGCCCCGUCCGUACAAGGUCUGCACGCAGAACCGCCGCAGGAGGAAAGGCUUCACCGCCACUUCUCUAGCAGACCUCAUGGAGCAGGUGGCCAGUUGUUUCUUGAUAACGUGUCAGUUCCUCACACUUGUGCUGGAGGAUGAUGGGACAGUGGUGGACUCUGAGGCUUUUUUUCAGACUCUGCCUACAAAUACAGCAUUCAUGGUCCUGGAGAAAGGGGAAGCUUGGACCCCCAAUAAACUGGUUCUGCCAAGUUUCAGACAGCCAAGAAGAAUUGGAAUUGCUAAACUGAGCUUUGACCUGUACAAACUGAACCCAAAGGAUUUUCUGGGAUGCUUCACGGUUAAAGCCACACUCUGUGAAAUAUACACACUCUCAUAUGACAUCAAGUGCACCAGAGCCAAGUACUUUCUGAAGUCUUUAUUGUGGUGUUUCAUGUACAUGGCCAAACUGGCGGGUCAGGUUCUCCUGUGCGGCUCCACAUACGUGCUGCGGUGUAUCUGGGAUGAGGAAUCCUAGCUAAACGUCACUUCGGCUGCUGACAGAUCGAAACAGGAAGAAAUCAAUACUGCACUCACAUUUAGUUUUUGCUUAGACAAAUAUCAAUAUAUAUAUAUAUUUGUCCUUGCUACGUUAUGUUUUAUGUGGCUUAUUUCUAAACUGCACUGUUUUAAAAAAAAUAAUAGUGAACUAAAGGAGAACUGAAUAUUUUGCAUGUCAUCUUUUAUCAGACUUGUGCUAAAAUGAUCUGCAGUUGAACUUGUUGUGUGAUUGUAUUUUUAAAAGACUUAUUUAGACUGAUUUACUUCCAUCAGAAUGAAACACCCGAAAGUUAAAAUGGUGCAAAAUUAUGCAAGCACAUUUCCGCAUUGGAAUAAUAAUAAUAAAAAAGUAAG